AUGGCAAUUGGUCAACCGCCGGAGGCCGCGCGGAUCCCAACAGCAUCGAACGUCGUCCUCAUCGACAACUAUGACUCAUUCACCUGGAACGUCUACCAAUACCUACGACAAGUGGGAGCCAGCGCUGUGCACGUCUUCCGCAAUGACGAGAUCGAUCUGAAAAAGCUCAUAGAGCUCAAGCCUACUCAACUCAUCGUCUCGCCUGGACCUGGCCACCCUGAUCGAGAUGCUGGCAUCAGCCAGGAUGCCAUCAAGCAUUUCGCUGGCCAAAUACCCGUGCUGGGUGUAUGCAUGGGCGAGCAAUGCUUGUACUCUGUCUACGGUGGCACAGUAGAGAAGACAGGCCAGAUCCUCCAUGGAAAGACCUCGAAACUACGGCAUGAUGGCAAAGGAGUUUAUGCAGGGGUUCCACAAGAUGCUGAGGUCACCCGGUAUCAUUCCCUGGCUGGUACGCAUCCAACGCUUCCGGAAUGUCUUGAGGUGUCGUCUACCACGCCAGGUGUUGAUGGUCAGACUGUCAUCAUGGGAGUCCGGCAUAAGAAGUACACCAUCGAAGGUGUGCAAUUCCACCCGGAGAGCAUCUUGACAACAGAAGGCAUGGUCAUGCUCAAGAACUUCUUGCUCAUGCAGGGUGGCACCUGGGAACAGAACGAGCGGCUGCAGAAGCAAAUCAAGACCAACCUCACCAAUGGCGUUGGCUCUCGUCAAAUGAACGGUGCGACUUCAAAUGGCGACAAGCAGGCAUCUAUUCUCGAGCGGAUCUAUGCAAAACGGAAACAGACUGUGGCAGCACAGAAGCAGAUUCCUUCCCAGCGUCCGGAAGACCUUCAAGCCGCCUACGACAUGGGCCUUGCUCCUUCACUCAUCUCAUUCGCGGACCGCCUCAGACAGUCUCCGUUCAAGCUGUCAUUACUGGCAGAAGUCAAGCGAGCGUCUCCGAGCAAGGGUACAAUAUCUCUCACAGCCUGUGCACCAUCUCAAGCCCGUACGUAUGCGCUUGCAGGAGCUUCCGUCAUCUCGGUCCUCACCGAGCCGGAAUGGUUCAAGGGCAGCAUAGAAGACAUGCGCCUGGUCCGCCAAGCCCUUGAUGGCAUGGCAAAUCGGCCAGCUGUGCUCAGGAAGGAGUUCAUCUUCGAAGAGUAUCAGAUUCUGGAGGCUAGACUGAAUGGCGCAGACACUGUUCUUCUUAUCGUCAAGAUGCUGAGCAAGGAGCAACUGACACGCCUUUACAAGUACAGCCAAUCGCUGGGCAUGGAGCCUUUGGUUGAAGUCAACACCGUGGCGGAGAUGGAGGUUGCGACGCAGCUUGGCUCCAAAGUUAUCGGGGUCAACAACCGCAACCUAACCAGCUUUGAGGUGGACAUGGACACGACCACCCGCCUGAUGAACAUGACUUCGAAGGACACCAUACUAUGUGCUCUGAGCGGCAUCACUGGACCCCAAGAUGUCAAGCCCUAUCAGCAAGCUGGUGUUGGCGCUGUGCUUGUGGGCGAAGCGCUAAUGAGAGCGAAAGACACCGCCAAAUUCAUCGCCGAGCUGCUUGGAGGCGAUGAGGCAAAGGUGAAGGAUGACCGAAAGCGGCAGUUGAUGGUCAAGAUCUGCGGUACACGAAGUGCUGACGCUGCCAAAACGACGACAGAAGCCGGUGCGGACCUCAUCGGCAUGAUCCUCGUCAAAGGGCGGUCAAGGUGUGUCGACACCGAUACAGCUCUGGCCAUAUCGAGAACAGUACACGAGACACGCAGAGCUGCAGCUCCACCAUUACCGGCUUCUCAAUCAUCAAAAGCUACCGACUUCUUCGUCGACUCGGCACGAAACUCUUUGCAGCAUCCCUCUCGAGCGCUUCUCGUUGGUGUCUUCCUUGACCAGCCACUCGAAUACGUACGAGAACAGCAGCGGCUGCUCAACCUCGACAUCGUGCAACUCCACGGCUCCGAGCCCAUCGAGUGGGCGCAGCAGAUUCCCUGUCCAGUGAUCCACUCCUUCAAACCUGCGGAUGUCGCGCUGAAGUCAAGAGGCUACCAUGCCCUACCACUGCUCGACUCCGGCGCUGGCGGUACGGGCAAGCAACUAGACGUCUCCCACGUGAAGGAUGUCCUGGAAGGAGAUGAAGGGACCGCCGUACUGCUUGCUGGCGGUCUAAAUCCGGAUAAUGUCCGACAGGUGGUUGAGGCGCUGGGUCCAUCCGCUGCUAAGCACGUGCUUGGAGUGGAUGUUAGCAGUGGUGUCGAGACGGAUGGGAAGCAAGAUUUGGAGAAGAUCAAGGCGUUUGUUAAGGCGGCGAAGGGGAUUGAAGUGUAG